AUGCUCUUUACCAUCCUUUCGCUUCUAGUCACUGUCGCAAAGGCGCAGAACAGUACAAUAGCUGAAGCAACUCAAAUCGCUGUCUACCCACCCUUCCCGAUCCGCAAUGGCACAAACAUGCAACAUAUCCAACGCGCCUACGAAGUCUCUUUCAUCAGUGCAAUCUCAACUACGACUCUCGUCUAUGCGAUAUCAUGCUCACCUCUGACCACCAUGACGCGCUUCAACGAUGUCUGCGGUACAUCUUACGUUCCUAAUAUCAUCACUGUGACCGAGAGUCCAGACGAGUGGCACUGGAGUGCUCAAGGCAAAAGCCUCGAGUGCACGAACCUUCGUGAGAAGACCAAGACUUGCACGAGCAUCACCAACAACUAUGGGAGCAAUAUCGCGCCUGGCACACAGGACGGAUCAGAUUUCCUCGCGGGAUUCUUGGAGUACUUCACGACCAUGACGCCUGUUGCCGUGAACUUGACCGCUGGAUUUGGAAAUGUGCCCGCGACUGUUCUUGAGAGCCUCGAGAACGAUGCAACUGGGCUUGUGAACAUACAGACAAGCAGCCUCAAUGGCACUUCGUCCAGAACUGAGCCUACUUCGACAGGUGUCAGUGCGGCAUCUCUCAGUGCGACAAGCCCUUCGGGGCCUACCGGAAUCAGCAGCUCACUACCUGGUGGCAGCAGUACGUCAGCUUUGACUCAAACUACAAAUGCUGCUCCUAGAGCUACUGGUGCUGUUGGCCUCGAGCUGCUUUUCGGUGCGGCUGGUGUAGUUGGAGCUGGCAUUUUUGGGCUUUGA